AAAAAGGAGGACUAAACAGAAAAAAUACCAAAGCUAUGAAGUUCGCGUUGUGCCUAAUCGCUUCUUUGUCUUUGCUAUGGGGCCUCGCCGAUGGGUCCGUAUCUUCUCGUAUUCUUCAGCGAUUAACCAUUUCUAGUAGCACUUACUUGACCACUCAGGAACUCUGGUUCAACCAGACUCUAGAUCACUUCUCCCCUUACGAUCAUCGCCGAUUUAGCCAGCGGUACUACGAAUUCCUUGAUAAUUUCGCCCUUCCCGAUGGACCCAUUUUUCUUAAGAUAUGUGGAGAAGCAGCAUGCAAUGGCAUAUCAAAUGACUACCUCAGUGUUUUAGCAAAGAAGUUUGGGGCAGCAGUAGUUUCUCUGGAGCAUCGUUAUUAUGGGAAAAGCUCUCCCUUCAAUUCCCAGAAGACGGAGAAUUUGAAGUAUCUCUCAUCUAAGCAGGCUCUUUCUGAUUUAGCUGCCUUCCGUCAAUAUUACCAGGACUCACUAAACACCAAACUGAAUAGAUCCAGUGUUGAAAAUCCAUGGUUUGUCUUUGGUAUUUCAUACUCUGGAGCACUUAGUGCAUGGUUCCAACUCAAGUUCCCUCAUUUGUCUUGUGGAAGCCUAGCAAGUUCUGCAGUUGUUCUUUCUGUCUAUAACUUCACCCAAUUUGACCGUCAGAUUGGCGAGUCUGCAGGUCCACAAUGCAAAGCUGCAUUACAGGAAGUUACUCAUCUCACUGAACAAAGACUCGAGGAUGAUAAAAAAGCAGUGAAAGCUUUAUUUGGGGCUGAGUCCCUUGAUAUUGAUGGUGAUUUCCUGUAUUAUGUUGCCGAUGCUGCUGUUACAGCUUUUCAAUAUGGAAAUCCAGAUAGGCUAUGUUCCCCUCUCGUUGAGGCAAAAAAAAGUGGAAAAGAUCUUUUGGAUGCCUAUGCCACAUAUGUAAAAGACUAUUAUGUUGGAACUUUUGGUAUCAGCGCGGAAACAUAUAAUCAGGAGCUUUUGAAAAACGAAACUCCUGCUGAAGACAUAGGUAGGCUGUGGUGGUUCCAAGUAUGCUCUGAAGUUGCUUAUUUCCAGGUGGCACCAUCAAAUGAUAGCAUCCGUUCUUCGAAAGUUGACACAAGAUACCACUUGGACCUUUGCAAAAAUGUAUUCGGAGAGGGUGUGUAUCCGGAUGUUGACGCAACAAAUCUAUAUUAUGGAGGCACAAAUAUAGCAGGUUCAAAGAUUAUUUUCUCAAACGGAUCACAAGAUCCUUGGCGACACGCAUCCAAACAGACAUCAUCCCCAGAAAUGCCAUCCUAUGUUAUUACUUGUCAUAAUUGCGGUCAUGGAAUUGAUCUUCGAGGAUGCCCUCAAUCUCCCCUAACCGCUGAAGGCAACUCCCGAAAUUGUAGUUCUCCCGAUGCAGUUAACAAAGCGAGAGAAAAGAUUAUCGAACACAUAGAUCUAUGGCUCUCACAGUGCUUUCCCGAAGCUAGAAGUGCGAUGUGAGAUUAAGAAGAAAGAAACUCUUAAUGCCAUAUAGUUUAUUUUCUUGAAUAUUUAUAUUGUACCUUGUAUUAUAUUCUGUAUGAACAUGUAUAAUAAAUAAUAAGAAGUAAGAAAUAUGUUACUUUUUU